UUGUCCGCGGAGCGGGGCGUGUGCCGGCAGUGUUCCUUCGCAGCAUCCUCUGCCCCAAACAUGAUCGCGGAGGCGCGCAACCUGGGCUCCACGGAGCCGCCGCUGGAAGACCACUCCCGAUGGGCGUCCGCCUCCGCCGGGACCAUCUUCUGAGCAUGUCCAAGAGCAAGCGUUGCGAGGCGGUGAGGGUGGUGGCCCGGUGCCGACCCUUCAGCAGCCAGGAGGAGGAGGAGUGCGAGAACAUCCUGGAGGUGGAUGACAAGCUGGGCCAGAUCACCAUUCGGAACCCGAAGGCGCCACCUGAUGAGCCCAUGAAAGUCUUCACCUUUGACGCAGUUUACGACUGGAACUCGAGACAGAAUGAUAUUUACGACGAUGCUGUGCGACCCCUGGUGGACUCGGUGCUCCAGGGGUUCAACGGGACCAUAUUGGCUUACGGACAGACUGGGACAGGUAAAACGUACACCAUGCACGGGGUCUCCAGUGACCCCGAGAGACGGGGUGUCGUCCCAAAUUCAUUCCAUCACAUAUUCACACACAUCUCCAGAACUCAGAAGCAGAAAUUUCUGGUGAGGUCAUCCUAUCUGGAGAUCUACCAGGAGGAGAUCCGGGAUCUUCUCUGCAAGAACAACAACAAGAAGCUGGAACUGAAGGAGAGCCCCGAGUACGGGGUCUACGUCAAAGACCUGUCCUCAGUGGUGACCAAGAACGCCGCCGAGAUCCAGCAGGUGAUGAACAUCGGGGACCAGUCCAGAUCGGUGGGCUUCACCAAGAUGAACGAGCGCAGCUCUCGCUCCCACGCCAUCUUCGUCAUCACCGUCGAGUGCAGUGAGACAGGUCCGGACGGGGAGGACCACAUACGGGUCGGAAAGCUGAACAUGGUGGACCUGGCCGGAAGCGAACGCCAAAGCAAAACGGGUGCCAAAGGCAAACGCCUGAAGGAAGCCAUGAAGAUCAACCUGUCCCUCUCGGCUCUGGGGAACGUCAUCUCAGCUCUGGUGGACGGGAGGAGCAGCCAUGUGCCGUACAGAGACUCCAAACUGACUCGCCUGCUUCAGGACUCGCUGGGCGGGAACGCAAAGACCGUCAUGAUCGCCACGGUGGGACCGUCCCACAAGAACCACGACGAGUCUCUAGCCACGCUGAGGUACGCAUGCCGGGCCAAGAAGAUCAAGAACAAGCCUCGGAUCAACGAGGAUCCCAAAGAUGCCCUGCUGAGGGAGUUCCAGGAGGAGAUCGCCCGCCUGAAGGCUCAGCUGGAGGAGCGAGGGCUGCUGGCGAAAGAGCGCAGGAGGAGACGGGACAGCAAGAGGUUGAGCAGAAACAUGGCAGGUCUGGAGGAGGACAUCUUGAAAGAGAACCAAGGAGAUCAUCCGAAAAGUUCAGCCGAGACGGAAGAGGUGAAAUAUUUCACCAAAGAAGGCAGCGACGUGGAGAAGGCCUUCCAGUAUCGGGAGAGCAAGGGCCGGCUGAAGCACCUGAAUGGGAACAGGCUGAGUUUGGUGGAACUACAGUGGGACCCGGAUGCUCUUGAGAAGGUCAUCGAGAAGUACAAGGCCAUGGAGAGCAAGCUGUUGGAGGGAGGGAAGACCAUCAUCGACCACACCAACGAGCAGCAGAAGAUGCUGGAGUUGAAGAGACAAGAGAUCGCGGAGCAGAUUCGACGUGAGCGAGAGAUCCAGCAGCAGGUGGUGCUGCAGGACGAGGAGACUUUAGAAAUGAGAGACACCUUCUCUUCCCUGCAGCAGGAGGUGGAGCUGAAGACCAGGAAGCUCAGGAGGGUGAGGACGCCAUUCACACGGGAAUAUUGGGUUCAUAAACUGAUCCACAGUCUUCUGCAGUUAUACGCCAAGCUGCAGAUGGUGAAGGCGGAGAUGAGGGACGUCGUGGAUGAGCACGUCGUAACCAGGCAGGAGCUUGAGGAGACCCAGACGGAGCUCACCAGAGAACUGAAGUACAAGUAUCUUCUGAUUGAGAACUUUAUUCCUCCCGAGGAGAAGCGCAAGAUCAUGAGCAGGCUGCACUUUGACAUGGAGGAGGACCAGUGGAGACUGCAGCCGGUGAUCCCACCAGCAGAGAGUUCCCCCCCUCAAGCCAGGAAGAGGCCGCUCUCUGCUGUGGGGUACAAGAGGCCCAUCAGCCAAUACGCACAGAUGGCUGUUGCCACGGCGACUGGGGCACCGUAUCGAUUCCAGUCAGAGAAUAUCAUGCUGUUGGAGUUGGACAUGUCGCCUCCGACGAUGUUCAACUUGAACCUGAAGGGAGCCUUUCUGGAGAGAGCGCCGUGUCCCUGGCUGCUGCAGGACUUUCUGGGCGCCGUCCCCCCGCGAGAGAGGAACAAUUCAACAUCCAGAGUCAGGAAAUCCAGAUCCUGGUAUCAAGCAACGAGAUCAGCAUCUGUCUCUUCAUCAUCCCCAUCGACCACAUCUGGAUCUCACGCUCACAGACAGAGGCCAUCGUCCGCCGCUUACAUCCAACAGGACCCGAUGCAGACGGACCCCUGACGCCGCCCGAUAGUGUCCGACCGUAGUAUAGCGCAGACGCCGCACCGUUCGUGAUGUGAAAGUGGCUGUUCAGGCUUUAACAUGGUGCAACUGCCAGAGUUAAUAAGUUCUCCCAGUCAAUGUAACGCGCAGCACACUUGGUUUAACCGUUUGGGCAGCUCAUUCGUCUUACAUUAAUAAUGAUCAACAGCUUCUCCGCUGACUCAAACUUCCCUUUUGUUAGAGAAAUAACUUAUUCUUCUUGUCAUCACCUGCUUUGGAAUGAGUUUUGAAAAAUACAUGAAAAGUUACCACUUAAAAAGAUAGACAGUAUAUAAAUCCAUCUCUGGCAGAAAUGCCAAAUAAUGAGACCAAACCUAUGCAAAAUCAGCUUUGUAGCUUGUUUACAGUUGCUAGUCAGGUUUUAGUCACAUAGUUUUACAUUGCUAAAUACACAUGCUUGUAAACUACAGACUAUAGCGUAGUCUGUGUUCAUCAUUAUCCGCAUGCUGCUUUUUUAUUCAUUUGUCAUGAUGAGUCAAACUGCUCCAGUGACUAGGCAGGUGUGAUACAACAGCAACAAAAGGCUCCAGCUUCUCAGCUUCUGUUAAACUAGGUGUGUUGCACGUGUUGUGCAUUUGCUUUUAAAGAGGCAGACUGGGCUUGUGCUUGCAUUUUUUAAACAUUGUUUGCCGACUUGAAGACUGAAGCGUCAAGUUCCAGUCCAUUGAUUUCUUCUUAAACUGAGCAUGCUAGAUGAAUUCAUUUCCUUCAGUGGCACUUGUCUGUCUGUGUGGCACAGCUGUAGUUAUUUGAGGGCCCCAGAUCACCCACAGUGUCACAGUGUCACAGUCCUCUUGUGGGGUUACCAAAGAGCGCACAGAGAGCUGGAGACAGACAACACCACCCGCCGUGAAAUGUAGGACAAUAGACAGGUAAACAGUGACUUCUCAAUUUGCAGCUGGCAUCCAGGAGUUACCCAGUUGAUGGCUGGUCUGGAUCGACAGACAAACGCUUGAACCGGACCGUGAAUGGUUUUUGCUAUGUUUUGAUGAUGUAAAUAAGAAGCUCAAAUCUGCUUGCAGUGAACGUUUUUGAUUAGCUGCCUUAUUUUCCCAUGCUCACACACUCAAAAAUAAAG